AGUGGCAUUACGUGCCCACACACUUAAAUCCGGCAGACCAUGCCACACGAGCGUUGCCCGCUGAGCAGCUCUCCAGCUCCACCUGGCUCAGAGGCCCAGCUUUCCUCUCCAGGUUGGACCAAAGUCAAGUUCGAAGUCAAACCUUCGAUCUCAUAGACCCAGAGACUGACUGUGAGUUGCGUCCUGAGGUAACAACUUGCACUACCACCCUAUCAAAAGGCCAGUUUAAUAGUGCCAGAUUUGAAAGGUUUUCAAGUUGGAAGGUGCUGCAAAAGGCUAUUGCCAAACUCCAACAUAUAGCUCAAUCAUUCAAGAACAACUCUGAGGUUUCCUGUCGUGGCUGGCACAACUGCAACAAACAUUUAACUGAAAAGUCACUGCAACUAGCCAAGACCACGAUCAUUCGCACCGUUCAAAGAGAGGUCUUCGCAGAAGAUAUUGGAUGCAUUGAAAAAGGCACAGCUUUAAAAAACUCAAGUCCACUCAGCAAACUGAAUCCAUUUGUUGACACGCAAGGGCUCCUUAAAGUUGGAGGCCGACUAAAGAAAGCACAGUUGUCUGCAGAAGAAACCAAUCCCAUACUAAUCCCUGGAAAGCACCAUCUUGCUCAGCUCAUAAUAAGACACUUUCACGAAAAAUUAUGUCACCAGGGAAGGCAUUUCACGGAGGGAGCAGUCAGAGCAGGGGGCUUUUGGAUUGUGGGAGGAAAAAGAGCAGUAAGAAGUGUGAUUUUCAAGUGCAUCACAUGCCGCAAAUUAAGGGGCAGGCAACCUGAACAGAUAAUGGCUGAACUUCCUGAGGACAGGCUGUCCACGGACCCUCCUUUCACAAAUGUAGGCCUUGAUGUGUUCGGUCCCUGGUCCGUUACAGUGAGAAAAACGUGUGGUGCUAAUGCAGAUGCUAAAAGAUGGGCAGUCAUAUUCACCUGCAUGAGUACACGUGCAAUUCAUAUUGAAGUGAUUGAGUCAAUGGACACAUCGUCAUUCAUUAAUGCACUGCGUCGUUUCUUUGCCAUCCGAGGUGGUGCCAAACUCUUGAGAUCUGAUUGUGGGACAAAUUUUGUGAGUGCCUGCAAAGAGCUCCAAAUAGACAAACUAGGCUGUCACAAUGACAAAAUAGGCACAUUCUUGAAAGACAGUGCGUGCAAAUGGCAGUUUAAUCCUCCACAUGCAUCCCAUAUGGCUGGUUCCUGGGAACGCAUGAUCGGCGUCACCCGAAAAAUCCUCAAUGCAAUGCUCCUUGAACAUCCAUAUGGGAAGCUCACACAUGAAGUACUCGUAACAUUGUUAGCUGAAGUCACCGCAAUUGUAAAUGCCCGUCCGCUAACAGCCGUUUCUACAGAUCCCGAAAACCCAGUCAUUCUUACUCCUGCGAUGCUACUCACGCAAAAGGUUGGCACACCACCGAUUCCACCAGGGCAGUUUCAGACCAGUGACCUAUUCAAAGCCCAAUGGAAGCGCGUGCAGUACUUAGCUAAUGUUUUCUGGAGUCGUUGGCAGAAAGAAUACAUCGCAGGCUUGCAGGUUCGUCGCAAGUGGAAAAUAAAAAAGCCGAACCUUCAAAUGGGCGACGUUGUUUUAAUGAGGGAGUCUCUGGAACAUAGGAAUAAUUGGCCACUCGGACUGAUCACAAAAUCUUUCCCAAGUGAGGACGGUAAUGUCAGAAAAGUUGAGGUUAAGAUUUUCCGAAACGGCGAGAAUAGGUUUUACAUUCGCCCAAUUCGUGAAGUUGUGCUUUUGAUGUCUAAGGAUAGCAUGUAAAACGAGUUGUUGUUUUGUAUCGUUCAUUAGUUAAGGGCUGACAUCUUGCAGAUGUCAGGCGGGGAGUGUUAUGUCCUCUGGUCUUAUGUUGACUACUUUUUGGGUUUAAUUUCUUUCUAAGAUUGUACAUUGUUCAUCCGUCCACAGGAUGUCGCUAUUCUAACUCAGAAUCUUAAGUUUUUCUUUGGUAUUGCUGUUUGCGCUCGGCUUCCCCUAGUGGCGACUUGCUGUAAGCAGCAGGCAGAAAGAACUUUUUAUUUCAGUUGGAAAAGAGGCCUUGAGGUGUUAAGACGUUACACACCUCCUCUGCACCAUACAUCGUUGGGAACCCUUGACAAAACAAAAUCUUUUUACCACACACACACACGCACACGCACGUUCACGCGAAGAAAUAAAUGAGAGGAAGGAGUUUGGG